AACUUGUGUCUGGUGGAAACAGUGAAAUCCAGCUUUACAUUCCUUUAUACAUGUAUAUAUAUACACACAAGAUGGGAUUGCAAUAAAUGGGAACUUGAAAAGGAAGAGUCACAAGAAAAAGAGGAAGAAGAUGCCUUGCCUUUACAUCUCCACCAAUAUUAACUUAGAUGGAGUUGACACAGAUCCCAUCUUUUCUGAAGCCACCACAGCUAUCUCCACAAUCAUCGGAAAACCUGAAAAGUUUGUGAUGGUCAUAUUGAAGGGGUCAGUGAAAAUAUCGUUUGAAGGUAACAAAGAACCAGCUGCAUAUGCUGAGAUAGUUUCAAUGGGUGGCAUAAAUAGAGAAGUGAAGAGGAAGCUAAUAUAUACCAUUGGCACCAUAUUGCAGUCCAAGCUCUCUAUACCAAGAACACGAUUUUUUCUCAAAGUCUUUGACACAACAGUAUUUCGUAAUAACUCCAAAAUGUAAUGCUUGAUCUGAUUCUGACAAUAUUGUUCCCAAAUCAGUAAUCAAUGAGUUUUAACGUGUAUUACAAAAUAUAUAUAUAUAUAUAUAUAUAUAUAUAUAUAUAUAUAUAUAUAUAUAGGGUUAGGAUCAUUUUACACCCGUGUAAGUUACACUCUUAAUCUUGUCCACUGAUCCCAUUUAUAUCUAAGGGCUCAAAUUUUUUAGUAAUGUGAGUCAUUGGAUACAAGUGGAUCAAUGGUCAAGAUUGAGUGUAAGACUUCUAACUCUUACACCAGUGUAAGAAUAUC